GGCAUGGACUGUUUUGGUCCUUUUUACACCAAGCAAGGUCGUAAAACACAUAAACGAUAUGGCCUUCUUUUUACUUGUCUUUGCUCCAGAGCAGUCCACGUAGAGAUGUUGGAGGACAUGACGACUGAUGCAUUCAUCAACGCUUUACGGUGUUUUCUAGCCAUCCGUGGAGCUGUCAGACAUAUUAGAUCAGACCAAGGAACAAACUUCAUGGGGGCAAGGAAUGAGUUGAAGAAAGCUUUAAGAGAAGUAAGUAAAGAGAGAGUGGCAGCAUAUCUGGCAGAGAAGCAGUGCGAUUUCUGCCUGAAUGCACCCAGUUCAAGUCACGCUGGAGGUGUCUGGGAACGGCAGAUUCGAACUGUAAAGGGUGUGAUGAGUUCAGUUUUGGCACUAAGUAGUGGAAGACUUAAUGAUGCCUCUUUACGUACAUUCUUCUAUGAAGCUAUGUCAAUAGUCAACAAUCGGCCAUUGACAGUGGAUGGUCUCAGUGAUCCUACAAGUCCAGAGCCCUUAACCCCCAAUCACCUGCUUACCAUGAAGUCGUCUGUCCCACUUCCUCCUCCGGGUGCAUUUGUUAAGGAAGAUCUUUAUGCAAAGAAACGUUGGAGGCAGGUGCAGUAUUUGAGUGAACAGUUUUGGAGCAGAUGGAGGAAAGAAUAUCUUGCUAAUAUCUCUCUAAGGCAAAGAUGGCAUGCACUAAGGCGGAAUGUGCAAGUGGGGGACAUUGUCAUUGUUAAGGAAGAGGAAACUCCCCGCAACGAAUGGAGGUUGGCUAGGGUCGUUGAAGUUUGCAAGGCUGAUGAUGGACUGGUACGGAAAGCUAAAAUACAGAUUGGUGAUCGGAAGUUGGGGAAAAGGGGUGAACGCCUCACUAAACCCUCUGUUAUUGAACGACCCAUCCAAAAAUUGGUAGUUCUUGUAGCAAAAGGUGAAAAUUAAUAUCUUAUCACUCAUUAGAAGUUGAAUCAUGUUAGUACCAUGCUGUGAUAUGUUGAUUUGUGCUGCCCUAAUGCUGGUUGACAGUAGAAUGUGAAGAAUGGUGAACAAUUUGUUCAUUUUAACAGAAGAUUGUGUAAUUAUGAAAUAUGAACCUUUUUUUUGUGUUUUUUUUUGUUUUUUGCCUUUUUUGCCGAUUUUCAUGUUUCCUGUUGGAGCUUGGAAAUUACCAUUUGAUUGGUUGUGUUUGUUUCUUAUCACUCAAUGGUAAUUUGGUGGGAGUGUAGCUGACGCUGGAAGGUCAGCUCAGGGGAUGAUAUUUUGGUGAUUUGAGUGGUUAAUGUUUAUUUUGACUUUAUAGUUUAUUUUGUGAUUUCAUAGUUUAAAUGUGUAUUUCUGUAUGGUGAAUUUCUUAAUUUGUUUGCCGUUUGUAUUUUAUUAUUAUUCUAUCGUUGAAGUUGAGGUCAUGUGAUCCUGUGUGUGCUGAUUAAUUCAGCUGGACGUGUUAGCGUCAAUGUAAUGAUGUGAUGUGAAACUAAGACCGCAGGAUAGUGCUCCUGACUUAAAUCUACUGUUGGUUACCAGGCGAAUACGUUUUCACGGUGUCUCUGGAAUAAAUAAACAAAAAUGGACAUCAGUACUUCGGAAGCGUGGACUGUUUUGUAAUCAGCGAGUA